UGUUUAGAUACAAAUAACAGUGUUUUAUGCCUUUUUGCAGGUACUAUAUAUAUUGAUUAUUAUACUCAACCAGCCAUGAACUUCUGCAUGGUCCUCUCCCUCUGCUUUCUUUCAUUCAGCAACAAUGUAAGCCAACCCUGGUUCUUUCGGUCUCUUAAUUAUCAAUUGUUGUUGUUGUAAAAUAUUAAUUGAUUCCUGUGUUUUUUUGGGGGCAAUGCAGGUGAUUCAUAUUGCCGGAGAUAAUCCAUUCUCUCCGAAGGCCUAUUCGAUGCGGUAUUGGAACAGAGAGAUUCACAACAAUCUCCCGCAGCCAAAUUUUCUUCUCUCCAAGGCAUCCCCACUAAGCGCUGUCGACGCGGCUAAUUACGCGGCACUCGCGGCUCAGAACUCGCUCUCAACCCACCUUUCCUCGUUCUGCUCCUCCGCCAACCUCUUUUGCUUCCCUGAUUUGGCCGCCAAUCUCGAGAAUCACGACACUGACUCCAACUUUGUGUCUUAUCUGGAUCGGAACUUCACCAACUAUGGCACUGACAGAAACAGCGGAGUAGAUUCCUUCAAGAAUUAUUCUGAAGGCGACAAUCUCCCUAUUGAUUCGUUCAGUCGCUACAGUCGUGACUCUGUUGGUCACAAGGACGAGUUCUCCAAUUACGCCUCUGAUGGCAAUAUCGUAGACCAGAGCUUCCACAGCUAUGCUGGCGGAGCCAACGCCGGCGCCGGUGAGUUCAACAACUAUAAUCAAGGUGUCAAUGAUCCUAAUCUACGAUUCACUUCCUACGCCCAAGAAGCCAAUGGGAGAGACCACUCCUUCACGAGUUACACAGGCCAAACCAAUGCAGGGAGCGAGACUUUCACCACCUAUGGCAAGAACGGAAACGGGACUCCCAAUGAUUUCUCUAGCUAUGGUGAGGGAUCGAAUGCUAUAGAUUCUAAUUUCAACAAUUACGGCGAGAAUGGGAAGCAAGACAAUGAUACCUUCACGUCUUAUGGCUCCAACGGAAAUGUUCCCGAGAACAAUUUCAACAAUUACGGAGCACAAGCUAGUUCUGGCAGUGAAACCUUCACCAGUUACAGAGAGCAAGCCAAUGUUGGAGACGAUUCCUUUCAAUCUUACGGGAAGAAAUCCGAUUCCGAGAAAAUCGAUUUUGCCAAUUACGGACAAUCCUUCCACAACGGUACAGAUAAAUUCAGUAGCUAUGGUGCGGGAGCGAAAGGGGAGGUCGUGGGGUUCAAGAUCUAUGCACUGAACACUACUUUCAAGGACUACAAAGACCAGAACGCAACGACGUUUACUCAGUACACUGAAGCAGAGAUGGUAAGUGGCAGUUUGGUGAAUAAGUGGGUGGAACCAGGCAAAUUCUUCAGAGAAUCGAUGCUGAAGGAGGGUAAAGUGAUGCCAAUGCCGGAUAUCAAAGAUAAAAUGCCUAAAAGGUCGUUUUUGCCCCGGGCAAUUGUCUCCAAAUUACCAUUCUCAACUUCCAAGCUUGCUGAAAUUAAGCAAACCUUCCUUGCAAGAGACAAUUCUACCAUGGAAAGAAUAAUCAAAGACGCUUUGAGCGAGUGUGAGAGAGCACCAAGCGCCGGAGAAACCAAGCAUUGCGUGGCCUCCAUCGAAGACAUGAUCGACUUUGCAAGCUCGGUUUUGGGCGGAAACGUGGUGGUUCGCACAACCGAGAACUUGAACGGGUCAAAGCAGGAGAUCAUGAUAGGGUCAGUGAAAGGGAUAAACGGUGGUAGAGUAACAAAGUCAGUGUCCUGUCACCAGAGUUUGUAUCCGUAUUUGCUGUAUUAUUGCCAUUCAGUUCCUAGAGUUCGGGUUUAUGGAGCGGAUAUAUUGGAUCCGGAUACAAAGGCCAAGAUUAACCACGGUGUUGCCAUCUGUCAUUUGGAUACCAAGGCCUGGAGCCCAACCCAUGGAGCAUUUUUGGCUUUGGGAUCAAGUCCGGGCCAGAUUGAGGUCUGUCAUUGGAUAUUCGAGAAUGAUAUGGCUUGGACCAUGGCUGAUUGAGUAGGCAUGGGCUUGGUAAUUUAGUUUCGAUCUAACUUAGUAUAUAAUUAUAUAUUUGUUUCAGUUAAGCUAAUAAUGGG